UAGCAAUCUUCUGACGUAAUAUAAUAACUCACAAUCUAGAAAAUAGGAGAUCCACCCGUGUGCGCAUAGUAAAAUGCCAUCCUGGGAGCCCCACCUGUGUGUGGGCCCAACCCGAGUCGCCUCGUCAUCAUGAAAGCUGAGGCCCGCCCCUUCACGGUGGCCAUGGCACCUAUUUAGCUGCCCCCACUUCAUGUCUCCUCCACCACUCGGCUACUGCUUCAGUUUCCACCAAUCCACCACCUCGUCUCCCUCGCUCGCUCUUGCCACAGCACUGUGGAGUAACUAUCCGGCCCGCCCCUACUCCGAGGAUACACCGUGAGUAGGCGUGGUGGUGCUUGAAACCAAUAUAUGUCCCCCGUUUUCAUGCAGUCUAACACCGUUUCUUGCUUACUCGUUUUAGUUUAAGGGAUCAAGAAACUAUUUUUAUAGAGGAUCUUUGCACAUCUCUUCGCUUUCCUUUACUUUUUGCUAAAGUACCUCCUUUUAACUUUUGGAUUAAUGUACAAUCUUUGUUUCUUUGCUCCAAUUUCGCAGGAUCUUGAGUUAAAUUGGGAAUGGGGGUGGUUGAUUCCAACAGGAUCUUUCUUGUGAGCAUAGUCUGACCGGCCUUGGUAUUUGGGGUUUUUUCUGUACUCUUUUUACUUUGUGAGUUGUGACAGGUUCUUGAAGUGCAAUUGUUAGAGUUUUAGUUGUAGAGGAAGAGAGAAAAAUUGCUAAUAUGGCGUUGGCAGGGACCUCCAAAGUAGUGCUGGGAUGUGUCGCCUUUGGGAUUUUCUGGGUGAUGGCCGUCUUCCCCACCGUCCCGUUCAUGCCCGUUGGACGGACGGCUGGGUCCCUCCUUGGUGCUAUGCUAAUGGUCCUGUUCCGGGUCAUAUCACCGGAGGACGCAUAUGCUGCAAUUGACCUGCCGAUCAUCGGCCUGCUCUUCGGGACAAUGGUUGUCAGCAUCUUCCUUGAGAGGGCUGACAUGUUUAAGUACCUCGGGAACCUGCUCUCAUGGAAGAGCAGAGGUAGCAAGGACCUGCUCUUCCGAGUUUGCAUCGUGUCCGCGUUUGCGAGCGCGCUUUUCACCAACGACACAUGCUGUGUUGUGCUCACUGAAUUCAUCCUCAAGGUUGCGAGGCAGAACAACCUGCCACCGCAACCUUUCCUCCUGGCCCUUGCUACCAGUUCAAACAUCGGCUCCGCUGCGACGCCGAUCGGUAACCCUCAGAACCUUGUCAUAGCUGUGGAGAGUGGGAUUUCAUUUGGUCAGUUCUUGCUAGGGAUUUUCCCAGCAAUGAUUGUCGGGGUUCUGACAAAUGCUGCUAUCCUCCUUUUGUACUUCUGGAAAUACUUGUCUGUGGAGAAGGAUCAGGAGGGUGGGCAACCUACAGGACCAGAAGUGGUUGCCGACGAUGAGGUUACUUCACAUCGGUUCACACCGGCUAGGAUGUCACAUGUUUCCUCUCUGAAUCCAGAUGAUGUGGAUUGCAUCAGUGAACCAAUCAUCAGGAGCAACAGUGUGAGGUCCAGUGUGAAUGAGAACCUGAGAAGCAGAAGCAUCAGUUCUGAGGCCGACAUUCAACUUGCAAUCAAGUCUCUGCGGGCAUCGAGCAUGUCGCAUGAGAUGGUAGAGGUCUCGACGCUUCCUGAUAGGAGAGAUGAAGGUGCAUCCUCAAGGAAGUUCACAAGAACUGCUAGCCAGCAACGGAGUGUGAUAAUAGAGGAUUUGCCACCCUCCCUAGACACAAAUGUGGAAAAGGAGAAAGAACCUGAAGUUGCAGAGAAGAGAUGGAAAGUACUUGUGUGGAAAACAGCUGUUUAUCUUAUAACUCUAGGUAUGCUCAUUGCACUUCUAAUGGGGCUUAAUAUGUCCUGGACUGCAAUCACUGCGGCUCUAGUUCUUCUGGCACUUGAUUUUACAGACGCACAGGCUUGUCUUGAGAAGGUGUCAUACUCAUUGCUGAUAUUUUUUUGCGGGAUGUUUAUCACGGUUGAUGGCUUCAACAAAACUGGCAUACCGAACACACUAUGGGAGUUAGUGGAACCAUAUUCACGAAUUGAUAGUGCCAAAGGUGUUUCACUUCUUGCGGUGGUGAUUCUUAUCCUUUCAAAUGUGGCCUCAAAUGUUCCCACAGUCUUGUUGCUCGGCACAAGAGUGGCUGCAUCAGCUGCUGCAAUUUCUCAUGAUUCAGAGAGGAAGGCCUGGCUCAUACUUGCAUGGGUCAGCACCGUGGCUGGGAACCUCACCCUCCUAGGUUCUGCCGCAAAUCUGAUUGUCUGCGAGCAGGCCAGACGAGCUCAGUUCUUCGGCUACAACCUCACCUUCUGGAACCACCUCCGAUUUGGGGUCCCGUCGACCAUCGUCGUCACGGCGAUCGGGCUGCUCAUCGUCGUCAGUUACUGAAGCAACUGAAGGCAGAAGAUAGUGUACAAGAAGCUGAAUGACGAAUCCUUCCAAUAAGAAAGUACAUGUAAAAUAGGCUUGUUAUGUAACUCUUGUGUGUAUGAGUGUAUGUAUGUCUCCGUCUGUGAUCUUGCUCAUUUGUUGCUCCUAAGCGGACCGUGAGCAGGUCGCCGAUGGCUGAUGAUGUAGCCUGCAUUUUCAGUUCUGAACGGAGGUUGCAAAUAGGGUUAAUGAAUAAUGCUAUGCUGGUCUAUUUGCAGUUUUGAUGUUUCA